ACCCUCGAGUCUAACAUAGCACGUUUAGCUUGUAGUUUGCUCGCUGCGUGGCCUAAAACACCCUUUUUUUUCCUCCUUUUUUUUUGCUCCACAGCCAACAUGGCUGAGUUUGGGUUCAAUGAACAUCAUCAGAACGAAGUCAUCAACUACAUGCGGUUUGCACGUUCAAAGAGGGUGCUGAGACUCAAGACUAUUGACUCAUGCUUUGAAGAACUGAAAGACAGCAGGCUGGUGGAGGAAACCUUCACAGUUGACGAGGUGCGGGAGAUGCUGGAUGGGCUGCAGGCGGUGGUGCGUGGUGAGGUGGAGACGGAGCUCAUCAACACAGCCCACACAAAUGUGCUCCUGCUCAGGCAGCUGUUCUCCCAGGCUGAAAAGUUUUACCUCAGACUGCAGACUGACAUCUCAGAGCUUGAGAACAGGGAGCUGUUAGAGCAAGUGGCUGAAUUUGAGAAGACUGACUUUAAAACCGCAGACAAGAAAAACCAAGAAACAAGCAAACCAGGAAACAAGUUAGCACCACUGAAUGAAGGUGGGGUGUCUGAACUUCUUAACAAGGAGAUAACAAGACUACAGGGGGAAAAUGAUAAACUGAAAGCCAGGCUGCGGACUUUAGAAUCCCAGGCCAUGGGUGCAUUAGAUGAGAAAAGCAAGGCGGAGAGAGCCCUGAAAGAUCUUCAGAAGGUGCAAGGUGAACAGCAGCUUGCUGCUCACACCAAGGAGAUCAACAGUCUAGAGGGAACGGUUGCAUCUCUGAAGGAGGACUAUGAAAGGUCUCUUAGCAUCAGUGCUGCCUCCCAGAAGGACCUGCAGGACAAUUUGAUCUCCUCCAAACACGAGCUUCUGCGAGUGCAGGAGCAGCUGUCCAUGGCAGAGAAGGAGUUGGAGAAGAAGUUCCAGCAAACUGCAGCCUACCGCAACAUGAAGGAGAUCCUAACCAAGAAGAAUGAGCAAAUCAAAGACAUUAGAAAACGAUUGCAGAGAUACGAGCCCACCGAAUGAGUUCUAACCAAGACAGCUGCUUACAACAGAUGUCCGAGUGGUAAGACAGGACCAAAAUUUACGACUGUGGUGUGGGCAAGAAAACCGUCCGUUCCACCGCUGUAGGACAACAGAGACAGAAAAAAAACAAAAACUCAACAACACUUUCACAAGGGAUUGUUUAUACAAGCUUUAUCUGGCAUCUUCAGUAGUUAUUGGCUUUAGUACGAAGCAGAAGCGGUGAGGUUUGUCGGUACACACAUACACUACACUUAACACACAAAUGAAAUAGUGACAAAUAAUAGCCUUCUUCAGCUGUGCUUUUUUUCUACGUCUCAAUUUUGGAGCUCAUUUACAGUAGCUAGCAGACUUCCCUCAGUGCUCUAUGCAAUUACUACCAUGUCCCUGUUUAAAGAGGCCUUGUCCAUUUGCUGAACUGGACAGAUACUGUCUGCCUGAACCUUUGCAGUCUUAUUUAUCAGUUAUUUAUAGGUAAUGUUUAGCUUCUUAG